AUGAUACUUCAGCAUGGAGUAAAAGUUUUGGCCUUGCUUUUUAGGGCUCUUAAUAUGCCUAGAUUGACGGUGUCUAAUUUGGUAUUUAUCCCAGGAAUCUGCUUACUCAUAAAAAAUAAAUUCUACUAUGUUAGAAUUAAAGAAAGUGUAAUGAAUAUGACGAUGCCGGCCUAAACUGGAUGGAGCUUUAUUUCUUUAUACCUCACAGGAAAUUUGGUAACUCAGGCAUCUCAAAUCAAUCAAGUUUAACUUAUGACAUUUCACAAUAAUAUGAGAGGAGUUUCUCCACUCAAAACGUUUAAAUCAGUUUACCAUGAUGACCAUGAUUGUACAGGGACCUGCUCAAUUUGUAGUCUGACAAAAUCAUCAUGCUUAGAAUAUGAUAUAUCGGACACUACUUUGCUUUUACAUGGAUGGGAUUUUAAUAAUAAACAGAAAGCCUAUCUUAAUUUAGAUUCACUUGCAUCUCUUGGUGGAUCAUUUAAUUUUUUUGCUACCUUAUUUUUCCAAGAUGUAGUUAUAAUUAAGGAUUCAGGCUUGGGUGGCGUGAAAUUGGCCGGUUCACAAAUAAAUUGCUUUGCUACGGCCAAUCAUGGGGUAUACUUAAAUGGAACAGGCUUUGUCUAAUCAAUGAGUGAACUAACUACUUAUUAAGAUAGAGCAUUUACAUUUGAAAUAUAUUUCAGGACUGAUAUUGGAUUUAAAGAAAAGGCUUACUUGAAUUUGAGUUUAAACGUUAACCUCAAUGGUUCUAUUGCUAAAAUAGAAAAAGCUUUUGAUAGCUUAAAUGAUCUGCACCAGUAUUUAUUCUUUGGAUUCUCCAUAAUAAAAAGAACUGCAUCGAGCACAUUAGUCUGUAUGUAUAUCUAAUCUACUUUCCCAAAAGAGAGUUGCUAAAUAAUAGAAAAGUUAUAUGCUACUAACCAAAAUAAUGACGGACUUAAUUAUAGAAUGAUUAAAAUUGGCAAGGGUUUUGAUGGAAUAAUCAGAAGUGCAUAUAUUUGGAGUUAUGCAAAGGGUAUAGAUUCUAUGAAAAUAACAGCUCUUCCUAAGAAGAAUUGCAAGCCUGAAUCGAAUGCACCGCAACCAUUCUGUCUAUCAUGUGAUUCAAUCCUUGGAAACUCAAAAUGCUUUGAUAGUUGCAAUCUUACUAAUAUCGGAGGUUAUCCGUGCUUGAAUUCUUACUAUGAUUGCCCUGAUUUAUGCAUGACUUGUGAAAAAAAUACAACAUGCUCGCAUUGCAUAGCAGGAACUAAUAAUUGCACAAGCUCUUGCUUGAAUUUGGGAAACUAAUACUUUGAGCCAACUUUAAAUUCUUGCUAAGACUGCCCAAUUAAUACAUUCACGAUUGAUGGAAAAGUUUGUCUGAAAAUGACAAAUGUAGAAUUUAAGAAUUUAACAGAUGACUACAAAAUUGACAUCCUCUUUUCAAGAAAUAUCAUCAUAGUACCAGAGACCACUCUUUAUGAUGAUGAUGAUAUUAUAGUUAAGAUUCGAUACUAAGACGCCUUUUUAGAUUAGUAUGGCAAAGGAGUCCUAUCUAAUGUCUAUACUACAAAAUCCAAGUUUUAUCAGUAUAAUUCAUCUGAAUAAAAUUCUUAUUACUUGGGAUUAGCAAGUCAAAUUACGCUUUCAAUUUUGAUAGCAAUAUCUGGAUUAGCCUCAAUUCUUUUUUCAGUAUCAAUUGAAAGUACUUGGGGAAUAAUAUAUGCUAUUUAGGUUAUGCUUUUGAUGCCAGGCAUGAAAAUUAAUUAUCCAGCAAAUGCUCUCAAAUAUUUAGAUUAUUUAGGCUUUUGUAUUUUUGAUUUUGAUAAUUUGCAGAACUUGUUCAACUAUUUGGUAGUUGAAAAAUCUAAAUUUGAUUAGAGCUACUUUACUUAUUAUUUAUUUAGAAUUGGAUUCGAUAGCAAGUACAUAUUCAACAAUGUGGGAGAUUUGAUUUUACUGUGGAUGCUCGUUAUCAUGCUAUACCCAGUGCUUUUAUAUUUUAAAUUGACUUUGAAACAUGAAUUUUGGAUGAAGCAUCUAGAUAACGCUAUGCUUAAGCAAUCAACUGGCAUUCUAUUCUUAGAUUUUAAGGCAAAUAGACCAAUUUAUUUAAUGUACCACUGGACUUUUGUUUUGAGAAGAUUGACUAUAGGUUUUGCUUUAGUUUAUUUGAAAGAUGAUAAUGAAGCACAGCUUUAUACUUUUAUCAUAUCUUCAAUGUUUAUAUUGUUAUGGCACUCUGCACUAAGGCAAUUUAAAAGCACUUUAACUAAUGUGAUUAUGAUUAUAUGUGACUUAGCUAUAAUUGGAAUAAAUACCAUAUGUUUUGUCUUUGCUGAUGAAACUCUAGUAGAAGACAGUUCAAAUAAAUGGGUAAUUUGCAGCAUUAUUCUUAUUCCUUGCUACAUUUUCAAGUCUCGUUAAAUGUAUUUGCUUUGGAUGUAGAGAAGAGAUAUCAGAAUUAGGGAGGAAUGCGAGAAGAAGUAUCUUAUAACUGGGGCAGAAAAAAAAAUGUUUCAAAAUCCAUUGAGCUUUGUGAAAAUCAAAGGUAAGGAUAUUUAACCCUUAAAUUAGUAAAGUUAAUUGAAGGUUAAAAAAAGUAAAUCUAAGUAAUAAGUUAAGAUGCAGAGUCUUAAAGAGUAUCACUAUUUGAAAGAAGAGAUAGAUAAUGAUUUAGACUUAAAAGAGUAAAAUGAAAAUUAUUAAAAUCAUGAUUAAGAUUUCAAGAAAUUAACUUGGUCUAGAGUAAAUAUAUAAGAAAGAGUGCCUAAAUCAAGAGCAUCAAAGCAUAUUGCACAUUAUCAAUAAAUAAAAAAAAAUGUUAAGAAUUAAAACCAUAAAAAAAUAAGUUUCGAUUUUGAUGAAAUAAGCAAAGUUAAUUAAUAAAGUCCUAAUAAAGCAAAGAGUUAAAGUAAAACAGGUGAUAUUGAUUAGCUAUCUUUUGUAGACUAUAACCAGAGUGCUGAUGAAAUGAAAAAUAAAAAGUUAGAUUAAAUUGUGAGAGAAACAAACGAUCACUAAAAUAGUUAGGGAAGUAAAAAGUAAAAGUAGAUCACUAGAAAAAAGAAGAAACCAAGUAAGGCAACAAAUGAUGGAUUUCUUUGA